CACCGCGGCCGCGCGCCAACUGGACGGCGGAAGACAUGUCAGCGGACACGGGCCGCCUCCCGCUGGAGCCCUUGCUGCUGCCGCUCCUCAGCGCCCCGGGCCUGGCCCUGCUCGCGGCCUUGCUGCUCCUGGUCCUGUGCCUGCGCGCGGGGCGCACCAGAAGACCUGGCGAGCCUCCAUUGAUAAAAGGCUGGCUUCCUUACUUUGGACAGGCCCUGAAAUUUAAAAAAGAUCCCUUAGGCUUCAUGAGGACUCUUCAAAAGCAACAUGGCGACAUUUUCACUCUUCUCCUUGGGGGAAAGUACAUAACAUUGAUUCUGGACCCUUGCCAGUACCAGUUAGUGAUAAAAAAUCACAAAUUAAGCUUUCAAAUGUUUACUAAGAAAAUAAUGAAGAAAGUGUUUUCGAUCCAAAAGUUGAUGACCAAUGAUGACCUGAACGAUGAGCUUCAUGACUGCUAUCAGCUUUUACAAGGGAAAUCUUUGGAUGUUCUCAUGGAAAACACUAUGCAGAAUCUACAACAAGUGUUUGAACCCCAACUAUUUAAAAGCACAAAUUGGGACAUGGCAUAUCUGUUGACAUUCUGCAGCUCAGUAAUAUUUGAAAUUACAUUUACAACCAUAUAUGGAAGAUUUCUUGCUGGUGAUAGGAAAAAAUUUAUUACUGAACUUCAAGAUGAUUUUUUUAAAUUUGAUAACAAAUUCCCAUACUUAGUAUCAGACAUACCCAUUGAGCUUCUAGGAAAUGUCAAGUCUAUUCAAAAGAAGCUUAUAAAAUGCUUGACAUCAGAAAACAUAGCUAAGAUGCAAGAAUUGUCAGAAGUUGUUCAAAUGAGGCAAGAUAUUCUGGAGAAAUACUAUACGUUCAAGGACGCCGAAAUAGGAGCACAUCAUUUAGGCUUUCUCUGGGCCUCUGUGGCAAACACUAUUCCAACUACGUUCUGGGUGAUGUAUUACCUUCUACGGCACCCAGAAGCUAUGGCAGCGCUGCGUGACGAAAUUGACCAUUUGCUGCAGUCAACAGGUCAAAAGCGAGGGUCCGGAUUUUCCAUCCACAUCACCAGAGAACAAUUGGACAGCCUGGUCUACCUAGAAAGCACCAUUCUCGAGGCUUUACGACUCUGCUCAUUUUCGAGCAUCAUUCGUUUCGUUCAAGAGGAUUUGACUCUACCUUCAGAGACUGGGGACUACCGUCUACGAAAGGGAGACUUCAUAGCCAUCUUUCCUCCAUUCUUGCACUAUGACCCGGAAAUCUUUGAAGCUCCAGAGGAGUUUAGAUUUGACCGUUUUACAGAAAAUGGUAAGAAGAAAACCACCUUCUUCAAAAGAGGGAAGAAGCUGAGGUAUUAUUUACUGCCAUUUGGAUUUGGAACCAGCAAAUGCCCAGGCCGAUUUUUGGCAGUUAAUGAAAUAAAGCAACUGUUGGUUAUACUUUUAACUUAUUUUGAUUUAGAAAUAAUGGACGAUAAACUUAUACAACUAGACUAUAGCCGCUUCUUGUUUGGUAUUCAGUACCCAAAUUCCGAUGUUUUAUUUAGGUACAAAGUCAGAUCUUAAAGAAACUAAAAGAAAAGAAAUCUAUCAAAAUUAACCUAAAUGUUUUCAAUUCAUCUAUUUGUUUUUAAUUUCUGCAAAUGUAAUAGCUUUGCUUUGUUUGUUUAAAAAGUGCCCAUUUUUAUUUGUUCUGAGAUCAGUCUAGUUUGCACUUGGUCAUAAAACCCAUCAGAAAAUAAAACAGAAUGGUGGCAUGAAAAUGGACGUCAAAAUCAACAUAAUAAACUUAAAAUAGGGUUUUUAAGUUUCUACCUAUUAUGCAUUUCACCUGUCAUAGAAAACAGAUGGUAAUAGAUUUGAGACUGUGGGAUUUUUAAAAGUCACUCGAAUUCUUCUCUAAUAUGUACAUACACACUUCAUGUAUUACUGGAAAUUUGUGCUGGAAAUGGACUCAGUCUCACAACUACAAAUUCUCAGAGAAGAAAGAAAUUAAAUUUCCAUGAGAGAAACUGGAUGAAAAUGUUCCCUUCACAUAUAAUAUCAAUAAUAUCUAUAUUGCCAGGUGUGUUUGCAUUAAAUGAGUUUUGCAGUAGAUUAAAUACUUCAACUUCACUUCAAUAUUUAAUCAUCCAUAAAUGCUCUUUAUUACUUUGUAUACCAUGACUCGAUAGAACAAAAUUUCUUGUUCUGUACAACUGUUUAUAUUCAAGUUAGACUCUGAUAAGAUUGAAUGUAUAAGAACACACAAAACCUAUUAUAUAUUCAGCAGUUGCCCUAGACUUUAGUAUUAGGUUCACUGUGGAAACAAAUGUUGAAAUCAUUCCAAGGUUGAUUAUAGCAUUUGGCUUUAGCGUAAACUAUAAGGUUUAUGCCAGUAUUGCAAUUAAGUCUUUCCUAAAUGCUUCUGUUUAUAUAAACUGAAAAACUAGAUAGCAGUAUUUGUUUUUGACACCUCACCUUUUGGACUUGGAGUUUAUUUGUUUUACUUUGAAUGUACAACAUUUGUAAUGGAGUAUAAUUUCCAUAUGUCGCAAUGCAGCAUUGUGUCCAUGAUUCAAAGAUUUCUAAUAUCAGAUUAUCAAGGGGUUGUCUCGCAUCUGACAUAAAUGAUGAUGCUUUGUAUAAACAGGCAAAGCAGGUAAUAAAAUUGGGUAAUUUGUGCUGUAUUAAGUAGAACUUUUAGUAUUUCAGUAAUGUGCUAUUUUUUAAAAAAAAAGAAAUUAUUUUUGAAAUAACAUUAUAAAAUACUCACCAUACUUAAUCUUCUAGCAUUUAUUUUUCUUCUUCCUGAAGUACAUGCUCUAAGCAAAUGUUUCUUAGUGAAUAUCUACUGGUCUAACCUCUACUUUUGUUUGAUCGAAGAUGUUUUUAUUUUUGCCCUCGAUCUGGAAACAUAUCACUAGGUGCACACAUCUGGGUCGAGAGUUAUUUCUUCAGCAGUUUGAAGAUAUUGCAUGUUCCUAAGGUUUCCAUCGUUGUCGUCAAGAGGGUAGCCUUAUCAGUUUAAUUAUUCAGUAGGUAGUCUGCCUCAUCUCUCUGAUAGCUUUAAUAUGUUCUCUUUGUCUUCACUGUGCUUAGUUUCUUUCUAUUUGCCUUGCUUGUGCUUCUUGAGUCUGAGAAUGUGUGUCUUUUAUCAAGAUAUUCUCAGCCAUUAUCUCUUUUGAAUAUUACCUCUCUUAGACUCUGUGUUAGAUCCUCUCACUCUGAACCACACGUUGUUCGACCUUUUCUCCCCUUAUUCUGUAUUUCUAGUUUACAUUCUAAGUAAUUUCUUUAGAUAUCUCUUCUAGUUUUUUCCCUAUACAUUGUAUCUAAUCUGCUCUUUAACUCAUCCAUUGAAUUUGUUUUUUCCUUCUUUUCAUUUUAACCUCAGGUUCAUAAGAUUGAGUCAUCAUAUUCCUUAUACCCCUCAGUUCAUGGUACACAAUUAGAGUUGGUCCAAACAAAGCCCCUCUGACUUUAUUUACUUAUUCUAUUUUAUCCCUAACCUCUACCAUCAUACUCCUCCCCAUCAUAGGCAAACAUUCUUAAGUGUUUGCUGUUUAUCUUUUUAUAAAACAUAUAUUAUCAUCUUGGGUAGAUGUUUUUAAUUUACAUAAAUGUAUUUUCUAUAAGUCAGAUCCUUCUUAAUUUUCUUACGAAGCUCAAUGUUUUAAAAAAUAUAUCCAUAUUGCUUUAUGUAUAUUUAAUCUAUUCUUCUAACUGCUGCAUAGUGUACCAUAAUGUGUACUCAUCAUGUUUUAAUCAUCUAUUUACCCAGGAAACUGUGUUGGUGGGACAAUUAAUUUGAGGGAAAAGCCAAAGCCAACCCUAAAACUACCCCUACUUGUCCUUCCCCUGGUGCCCAGACACCCUCCAUCCUAAGCUGCUGCAAACCCUCAACUCCCGUAGCACACGCGUGUGCACACACACACACACAUUUGGCUUGGGCCCUAGGCUUUCUCUCCGGCCUGCCACAAAGCACAGCCUCCUUUUCUACCAGGACAUUGAAUCUGCCAUACUGCCUGAAGUGGAAACCUCCAGAUUUUUAAAUUCAUCUCAAAAGUACACUUCCGUGAUGUUACAGCAGAGACGACACAGGAAAUUGUUCUCUUUUACUUUCUGCAUAGUUUAUAAUUAGAAGCACAUAUAGGGAUUUAGAAUAGAAAGUAGUAUAUAAAAUGGUUCAGAAAAUAUACAAAGCAGUGGACAGUAGAAUCAAAACAAUAGAGUCUUGCGACAGGCUUAACUCUAGUAAAGUGUGUUUAUGAAUAGAAAAAAAUGUCAUGGUGAAAUAAGUUAAAAGACAUGGAUUCUAGCUGUGACAUAACUGGUUUAUCAUCAACAAGUCACUUUGCUUCUCACUGCUUUAGUUUCCUUAUGUGCAAAAUAAAAAUAAUAAGGCCUUUUCAACACUGCAGUUCAUCAGGAGGUUGAUGAUGAACACAGUAACGUGUGAACUUAGUUUUGAAAAGUAUAAUGCAAUAUGAAAAUGUAAAGUUGUGGAAGACAUACUUUAAGAAGUUUGUGCCAUUUAAAAACUGUUUCUAUGUAUUUGUAAAAGGAAAUGAAUUUUUGUCGUUAGUUUAUUCAUUAUUCACUCAUUCGACUAAACAUUUGUUAAACAUUUCCUCUAUUUCUAGAUAUGAUGUUAUGCCCUGGAUCACCCUUCUUAAAGAACACACAGUUUAUUAGGGAAAGCGUCCCAUACACAGCUCAUUUAUUAUAAAUGUAGUUGUAAGCAAUAAAUUCAUCUCUUUAAAACUAUUCUAAAAUUCUGAUAUAUCACUAGUUCUAACUAACCAUCUAUCAUUUAUUCCAAAGAAAAGUCCCAUAACGAAAAAUUACUACGUGCAAUGAAAUGUACAUCAGGUAUCGUGAUUAUAUGGUAAAAAUAACUAAAACCAAAUAUAGUCAUUGGGGCUACAGAAUUUUUUUAAAACUGUAUUUUAUAUAUCGUAAAAAACCAUCUUUCUAUUUGUACAGCCUCCCAUAAGUUUCAAAUUAAAAGAAAUGAAUAACUAAUAAUGUUUCAUUUCAGUGACCAACAGUAUGAAGCAUUCAUUUAGUAAAAACUAAAUGUUCCGAAGGUAGUAAGAAAAAAGCUAUUUAUCACUAAAUAAGACAUUCUGAUAAGCAACUCAUAUGAGAACCUUUAUCUUCCUUGUUUUGGCUUUCCUGCACAGUUGAUUCUAUUUCUGCAUUUCAUCAUUAAAUUUUGAGUCAUAAGUCUAAGACAAAGGAGCUUGCCUACUCAAAAUUUGCAUGAUUACUCCUGCUUAUUUUCUCAUAAAGAAUAAUUUGGGUACAUUUCCCUAUAAGCAUCUUCUAAUUUAACAAUGGAAUCUUAAAACCAAUUUCAAUGAUCAAAGCUAAAAUUAUCUAGGUUUUGAUCUUAGUACAAAAUAAUGUCGAUAAUUAUAAAACAAGAAUUAUGUGCCCAUAGAAUGUGCUGUUUUAAACUAUUAAAUUCUCCAAUAUUGCAAACUAUUAUUUACUUGAGCUGCAUUAUUAGGUAUUCAUAUUCACAUACUCAAUUAGGGAAAAGUUAGCAAACCAAGAUUACAUUCCCUGUAGCAUUAUUUUAAAUUAUAAUGAGCAGUCACAUAAAACUCUAGUAUUUCUCUAAAGCAAUUAUUACUUACUCUACUUUAUAGUGUUAAUCUAAAUCAGUGAUCAUUAAUGUUUGAACCUUUUAGCUUAAAUGUUUAUUCUGUUUAUAAUACAUUCUUGAAUAAAAUAAAUUUAAUUCAUAAAACUCUACUAAAUAAUUUUAAAUAGGAGAUAAUUAGGCAAAACUUAUGUUUAAAAAUGUUUUUAGGCAGAGGAAUGCUGUAUAUUAUAAAAAAACUGUUGUCCUGAAUUGUUUGUUCAAUAUCAUCUUUUGAUUUUGAAAUGGUAUAUAUGUGGAUUUAUGAAGAAGCGAAUUAUCUUAAAAAGAUUUUAGGUGAGAAAGGUGCUUUGUAAGUCUAUUUUGUUUUCUUUUAUUUAC